GUAAUCACUAAAAUAACUACUAUUCCUACUAUGCUGGGCGAGGCCAUUAUAUAAAUGGUCUUUUUUUCUCUGACGGAUUCAUCAUUUUUCAUCUUCUCUUCUUCUUCCGUGUUUUUGUGCUGUUCAACCAAAGGAGGAUCCCGAUCUCUCUGUCAGGAGUCGCUAUGGCUUCCAAGCGGAUCUUGAAGGAGCUCAAAGAUCUUCAAAAGGAUCCUCCUACUUCUUGUAGUGCUGGACCUGUUGCUGAGGACAUGUUUCAUUGGCAAGCAACGAUCAUGGGUCCUCCAGACAGUCCUUAUUCUGGUGGAGUUUUCCUGGUGACAAUCCAUUUUCCUCCAGAUUAUCCAUUCAAGCCACCUAAGGUGGCUUUCAGGACAAAAGUUUUCCACCCAAACAUAAACAGCAACGGAAGCAUAUGUCUUGACAUUUUAAAGGAGCAGUGGAGCCCUGCUCUAACAAUUUCCAAGGUGUUGCUUUCGAUAUGUUCACUUCUGACGGACCCUAAUCCUGAUGAUCCUUUGGUCCCGGAGAUUGCACACAUGUACAAGACAGACCGGAACAAGUACGAGAGUACUGCAAGGAGCUGGACCCAGAAGUAUGCCAUGGGCUAAAUGCACAUUGGUAUUUGUGGGAUCAGGACAUUGUACUUUCAGACACUUUGUUAUUUACAUUGAAUAUAUGAAUGAGUUCAUCUGUUCUUUGAGGAGAGGAAAAUGAUGGAUGCUGCUCUUUAAUAGUUGUAUGAACAAUUUGAUCUUUGAAAGAAACCAAUGAAUUAACCUUUUCUUAUAUUUGCAGAC